UGGUCAUACCGUGUAGAAGAAAGUAUAUAAUAGUAGUAAUAGUCUGAUAGUUUGCGUGCAGAUAUCGCCUGAUAAUCAGUUAUACUCCAUUCAACACGCAGUUGAAGCCUCCAUUGGAAACUGUGGUCUGUAAAGAGAGAAGCUUCUGCUCUCUGGAGGAGGCUCAAGAGACCCAAGAAGGAGUAAAUCUGAACAGCAAACUCGACAUUAUAUCCAUAUGGCUGAGCCUAACUUCCCCCCACUGCCUGGAUUCAUUCCACUCAAGCCAUGCUUCUAUCAGGACUUUGAUGAGAUCCCUGAACAGCACCGCAGCAUGUGCAAGAAAAUGUACCACCUGUGGAUGUUGAAUAGUGUAACGCUUGCCGUGAAUCUCAUUGGCUGCUUUGCUUGGAUGUUUGGAGGAGGUGGAGUGACCAAUUUUGGACUGGCUAUCAUAUGGCUCCUCAUGUUCACUCCCUGCUCUUAUGUCUGUUGGUUCAGGCCCAUCUACAAGGCCUUCAAGAGUGACAGCUCUUUCAACUUCAUGCUGUUCUUUUUUGUGUUCAUGGCCCAAGUUGGCAUCAGCAUCAUCCAAAGCAUCGGCAUCCCUGGAUGGGGAGUAUGCGGUUGGCUGGCUACCAUCUCCUUCUUCAGUUAUAAUAUUUUCAUAGCACUGAUCAUGCUGAUCCCUACUAUCAUGUUCACUGCGGUGGCAUCACUGUCCUUUAUUGCCCUCACAAAGAUCCAUAAUUUCUACCGUGGCAGUGGGGCCAGCAUGACCAAAGCUCAGGAGGAAUGGACCACAGGAGCCUGGAAGAACCCUCAUGUCCAGGCAGCAGCCCAGCAGGCCGCCAUGGGGGCAGCUGCUGGAGCCAUGCAGGAUCAGUACUCCAGCCCACAAUAUAAUGACAACCAGAUGUAGCCUCUUCAACAUAGAGGUGUCAAAGAAAUUAUGUGACAGUUAUGCCAAAGUUUGAGCAAUGGGGUUAGGAAGAUCUUACCAUCUCUCACGAUACUGUUGAAUAUUCAUUUUUAAAGUUGUCGUCUAUAUUAAUAGAAUAGUCUAUUAAUGAGUCAGAAAACCUACAGUUGCAUAUUUUAACAUGUUCAGGUUUGACUUACGGAAUCAGUCUGAUUCAGUCAAAUCUUCAGUUUCAUAUAUUGGCAAACAAAUAUCUGAACACCUCUGGGAUGCUGGUUUUAGCCCUCCUGUAUUACUGUAAAGGGCAUGCUAAUUAUUUGUGGUGUUUUAUAUUAUUUCAUACGUAAAUUUCAUUUUUUCUGUUUGGGAAAGUGAAAUGAAACUAGUUUUGAAUGUAUAUUGUUUUAGUGGCUCCAUCAUGGGAGCUGUGUGCUAAUGUUAUCUUGGUGUUAUUAAUGCUUUAAGUUUUAGCAAUUUUUACAACAGAAAACAAUUAAUUUUGUUUUUCUUAAAGAAUAGAAAAAUAAAUAUGCAACAACUUUUACGGUAAUGAAGACUAAAUAAUUAAGUGUUCACUUAUGCACUGUUAAAAUUGGUUAGAAGGUUUGGUAGGAUGUAAUGUUAUUUUAUUUUUUGUUGCAUUUCUAAUUCAAAGGUAAACCAAAGAUCCAAUGUAGAUUUGUAACUUCAUUUUAAACAAAGCUACUUUCUGUGACCUCAGCAUAAUUUCAUCAUAUUUCUAUGCAGUUUAUCAGUGAUUGCACUGUAAAAGAAAGAAUGUUGUCUAUAUUACAAUAUGAAACAGUAUUAUUGCAAGUCUUCUGCUGGAUUUAAAUAGAAGCAGAGAAUAUCAAAUUUGAACUUACUUGAAGCUGCCUCUUUGAUGUACUUGAAGCUUCCUGUUGACAUGUCUACCUUACACUGAAAAGAUGUGAUUUACACAAAUAGAUUAAAUCAGUUUUAAUACUACUAUGUAAAUUCAGCAAAAAAAAUUAUUGAAGUGUCUGACCCAUGUGCUGUAGCCAGUUCCAGUUUAUUAGAAAUGUGACGGUUUUGUACAUAUAUAUAUAUAUAUUUAAUGUGAUCUUUUAUAAAAUGUUGUCAAAUGCAGACUAUGUAGGAGACAACUUGCCUCUUGCAGUAUGGCUGUUUGACCACACAGAGGCGCUAAUGGUUUUAGUAUGAAAUAAAG